AGAGAAGCCCGACGACCGGCGGAGAAGGACGGGGUGGCCCAAGAUGGUAUCUGGGAAGCCCGCCGACGAUAGCUGCGCUGCGGAGCUUGUUCAGUGCGCAUCCUGGUGAACCGCGCGGUGCGAGGCGCCCUCAGCCUGACAAGAUCCGGCUGGGAGUGAGAGGAGAAGCCGGCGCCUGGUCCAGCUCUCUGCUCAGCCUCCGCCCCACCCAGGUGUGGGUAAGGUGCGGAAGCCACCAGGUCACCAGCCACAGGUCUAUGCUGUGGAACCACCCAGGUGGCCGGGGUCUGGGCAGUGGCCUCCUGCGCGCACAGAGAGCCCAGAUUCCGCCCUCAGCCCACCCCCUUCCCCUGCCAGCUGCCGGCUCCGCUCUGCCUGCUUCCUGUCUGGAAAGUGGGGCGUAGUCCUGCACGCACCACUUAGACCUGCUUGGCACAGCUGGCGGAGUGGUCGCACGCUCCGGGAUGACUUCUGGCGGCUUCAGGUUCCUAUGGCUCCUCAGGAGGCUGGUGGUGCUCCUCGGACUCGGCCUUGGUGUCCUUGUCAUCCUGCUCAGAAGUGGCUUCCUUCAAGCUGUGCUGCCCAGCGUCGAGCCGGGGCGCCCGCUGCCGCCCACCCCGGGGGAUGCCUCGCUCAGCCUCCUGCCCGAGCAGCGCAUCCGGGGCCUCUUCUCCCGCGAUGGGCUCUGGCUGUUUCCUAAAAACCAGUGCACGUGCGAAAACAUGCAGAGUCAGGGAGGAUUCAACUUCCGGAGGGCCUACAAGGACAGCGACCUCCCCACGGUGGACGCCAGGAGGCGCACCGAGUACCAGCACUUCCAGAGGAGAGAGGGGCUGCCCCAGCCCCCGCCGCUGCUGGCCCAGCCCAACCUGCCCUUCGGGUACCCGGUGCAUGGCCUGGCCGUGAUGCCCCUGCACACAGUGCCCAUCCCAGGUCUCCAGUUCGAAGGGCCGGAUGCCCCGGUCUAUGAGGUCACCCUGGCGGCCACUCUGGGGACACUGAACACCCUUGCCGACGUCUCAGACGAAGUGGUGCAGGGCAGGGGCGAGAAGCGGCUGACCAUUUCCACCCCUGACCGGAAGCUGCUGAACUUCGUCCUGCAGCAUGUGACCUACACGAGCGCCAGCUACCAGCACAACCGUGUGGAUGUGGUGAGCUUGGAGUCCAUGUCUGCGGUGGCCAAGUUCCCCGUGAGCAUCCGCUACCCUGUCAUCCCCAAGCUGUAUGACCCAGGACCAGAGAGGAACCUCCGGAACCUGGUGACCAUUGCCACCAAGACUUUUCAGCGCCCCCACAAGCUGAAGGUCCUGCUGCAGAGCAUCCGGGCGUUCUAUCCAGACCUGACCGUCAUCGUGGCUGAUGACAGCAACCAGCCAGUGAAGAUUGAAGACAGAUACGUGGAGCACUACAUCAUGCCCUUUGGGAAGGGCUGGUUUGCUGGGCGGAACCUGGCCAUCUCCCAGGCCACCACCAAGUAUGUCCUCUGGGUGGACGAUGAUUUCCUUUUCACCCCCACAAGCAAGAUUGAGAGGCUGGUCGAGGUCCUGGAGAACACGGAGCUGGAUGUGGUGGGCGGCAGCGUGCAGGGAAACGUGUUCCAGUUCAAGCUGUUCCUGGAGCAGAGCGAAGGCGGGAACUGCAUUCACCGCAGGUCCGGAUCCUUCCAGCCCUUGGACGGCUUCCCUGGCUGUGUGGUGACCAGCGGGGUGGCCAACUUCUUCCUGGCCCACACUGAACGGCUCCAAAGAGUUGGCUUCGACCCCCGCCUGCAGCGGGUGGCUCAUCAAGAGUUCUUUAUAGACGGGCUGGGCAGCCUGCUGGUGGGUUCCUGUCCAGAUGUGGUCAUGGGUCACCAGUCCCGCUCACCGGCGACAGACAGGGAGCUACUGGCGCUGGAGAAGAACUACAGCGCCUACCGGGCCAACACCAACCAGCAGAUCCAGUUCAAACUGGCGCUGCACUACUUCAAGAACCAUCUCCAGUGCUCCACGUAAAGCUCGGGCCUGAUUGGCUGGGGGCAUCUAGAAGGUGCAGGCUACCAACGAGCUGACUCAGGGCAAGUGGAUGGGCCAAUUAGCGCUUAAGGGUUAUUAGGAUGGACCAAUCACUGAUCAGGGCAGCGGGGACCUUGUUGAUUACAAGCCUUAAGUGUUCCUUACUCUUCCCCUUCUUAAGCGUUUGAGAGACCAUCAGCCACUGGCUGGUCUCGUGCAAGACAUGGUGACAGACGGUGGGGAUGAAGGUCGGCGAAGCGGGGUCAAGGUCAUGGGUUCCUGCCUGUCUGAGCUUCUCCUAAGCCAGGCAGGGCGCUAUUCUUUAUACAGGCAAUCAGGGGUGACAGAACACAGUUAAAGCACAAUUGAAACCCCAAAGGGGACCAAAGAGUUCCUGAGCACACAAAAACAUCCGGGAGCGGGGCGCAGUGGCUCACAGCCCUAAUCCCAGUGUUGCAGGCAGCCUGAGUUAGAUAGAAAUAUUGUAGGUAGUUAGACAGGGACAGGCCCUCAA